AUGUCUAGUCUGCCGUCUGAUGAGGUCGCUGAAGACUACAAAGUUUCUUUGGAAGAUCUUAUGACCAACGACAGAUAUCAAAUCUCAAACCUGACUUUGAUCGCAAAAGAAAAUGUCGAGCAUGCCGAAGCAAUCUCACGAGUCUUGCAGAACCACAUCAAUCGAGCUCCUCCAUCACGCAAAUUGCCCGCUUUGUACGUCUUGGAUUCGAUCGCCAAAAAUGUUGGAUCCCCCUACACGGUAUAUUUUGGUCGCAACCUCCAUCAGAUUUUCAUGCAUGCCUAUUCCCAAGUUGAUGGCCCUAUCCGUCGAAAGCUGGAGGAGAUGUUGAAAACGUGGCGUGAACCUGUCCCAGGUUCUACAUCACCGACCACCGUAUUUCCCAACGCAAGCACACAAUCUAUCGUCGAUAGUCUCAACAAGUUCCGCUCGCCUGUGCCACCAACGAAUCGCUAUCAAUCCGCUCCAGGGCCUGGUCAUCCUGCAAGAGUGGUUUCCGCUCACCCUUAUCGUCAGACACCGACUCCUCCUCAGUCUUUACCGCCAUUCCCUCCAAACCCCCCCUCCCACAUCAGAAGCCCUCAGCCCCGAGCGGCAAUGCCACAACAACCCUACCUUCAAGGCCCACCAGUCUCGUACGGUCAGCCGUAUCCGACUCAAUCAGUUCCACAGUAUCAGCAGUCCCAACCUCUUCAGCCUACCCAUACGCUUCAAUAUCCAUCUGCUCCUCCACAGCCUCUGCUGAUGUCCUUGGGAGCAGUGGAUAUACAAAAAUUGCAUUUGGAUAUUGACGAUCUCACAACAGAUGCUAAGAUCGAAUGUGCUACUCACCCCAUGGAUGCAGGCGCUCAAAGAAAAUUAGCGAGUCUUCAAACCUUGAAAGAAAUCCUUGACAGCGGUAGUGCCUCGGAGAACGAUCUAGUAGAUAUUCGGAACACCAUUAUGCAAAAAAUGGCAGAGAAGAUGACGGCCAUUCAUCAACCUCCGGCGCAGGCGUCCGUGCCUUCCACGCCACUACAUAAUACGUACAUACCUCCUCAACCUCCAAUUCAACAUCCGCCUGCUCCCACCACAGCUCCUCACACCAUGUUCAACAGUACAAAUCUAGCGGAGCUGCUGCGAGCAACUGCGAACCAACAGCAAGGCACACACCCACCGAAUUACUAUACACAGCUCUCAUCUGGAGUCAAUACCCCGAUGAUUGCCCCGACGGCGCCGGCGUCGGAGAAUCCACUCUUGGCGCAGCUUCGAGCAUCAGGGUUUCUAUCUGCCACCUCCACCCCACCUCAGGGGGUCACGCCUCCGCUUCCACCAUUUGCAACGUUUACGACGGACGCAAACAUGGAGGUCAGUUUCACAUCCGCAGCCAUCAAAAUCCCUCGGCCUCACUUGAUUUCAACUUUCUUGAACGCACGGCCCAAUCAGUGCAGCACAUGCGGUAGAAGAUUCACGUCGGAUGACGUCGGGCGAGAAAAGAAGGCGCGCCACCUGGAUUGGCACUUCAAAACCAAAGCGAGAAUGCUGGAGGCCGAGAAGCGAGGGCAGAACAGAAGCUGGUAUGUGGAUGAACGAGAAUGGAUUGCAAGUAAAGAGUACGAAGACGAUUUCGGACCGGCAGAUGCAAAUGGAGCAUCAUCAAACGCAAAAAAGAAAGCGGAAGAUUUCGUGCGUGUGCCGGCAGACUCUGUGCUCCGGUCUCUACCAUGUCCAAUUGACCAAGAACCAUUCAAAAGUGAAUGGAGUGAGGAGGUGCAAGAUUUCAUCUGGAAGGAUGCGGUGUACGUGGGAGGGCGCUAUUACCACGCUAGCUGCUAUGCGGAGGUGACCAAGGGGCGGGAAAAGGACGGAAUUACAACACCUAUUAGUGCCAUUGGACGAACGGCCACACCAGAUUCGGUGCUUGGGAAACGAAAGGCAGAGGUACGAUGA